AUGGAGGCUCUGCGCGACCUCCGGGAGCUGGCCCAGGGCCUGGUGCACCGGCGUGACCCGCGCGUCCGCAACUAUGCCAUGCAGGCCUCGCCGACGGUCGUGGUCGGCGCGGUCCUCGGCUACAUGCUGCUGGUGGGGUACGGGCCGCGCUUCAUGAAGAACCGCCAGACGCCGCCUCUUCGGCUCGUCAUGUUCCUGUACAACAUCGGCCAGGUGUGGCUGAGUGCCUACAUGCUGCGGGAGUUCUGGGUCAGCCGGCCGGCUAAUUGGGGCUGCUCACCGGUGGACGUCUCCGAAGACCCCGUGUCACUUCGGCUAGUCAACGCUUGCUACAUCUUCCACGUCAGCAAGAUCGUCGACUUCCUGGACACGGUGUUCCUGGUAUUGAAGAAAGACCACAAGAGGAUGACCUACCUGCACGUGUACCACCACGGCUCCAUGGUCUCCGGCUGGUGGAUCUGCACGCUCUUCAUUCCAGGUGGCUCCUGCUGGAUACCAGGCGCAGUGAACAGCUUCGUCCACUGCGUUAUGUACAGCUACUAUCUGCUGGCUAGUCUGGGCCCCCGAGUGCGGCCCUACCUCUGGUGGAAACGCUACCUCACCCAGCUGCAGCUGGCCCAGUUUGGCUUACUCUUGUUCGCCGCUCUAUUUAUCCAGGGCCCGGGAAUUCGCUGCGGCAUGCCUGCCUACAGCUCGGCCAUGACCAUGAGCUACGUCAUCGUCCUGUCCAUUCUGUUCGCCAACUUCUACGUGCAGUCGUACUCGCGUGGCGGCAAGGAUCGCCGAGAUUCGUCCGCCGCCAGCCUGCAAAACGGCAAAGUCAACGGCAUGACCAACGGCAAGGCCGACGGCAAAGCCAACGGAAAAAUGGACUGCGCUUUGAACGCCUUCGCCAACGGCACUGUCAAGAGCGACAUCAACGACAAUACGAAGAUCUGUCCUAAUGGCAACACAAGCCACCAGAGCUUCUUCGACUCGGCUCGGAGGUACCUGCUGAAAAACGGCACCGGGUGCUUCGCUGACCAGGGCUGAGCGCUCCCGCCCGACGACACUCAAUACCUCUGACCAGCACAUCGCUGCCAGCUCAUUGACGAGCCCACGAUGGCACCUUGCCGCAGAGCGUGCGAACGAGGUGCCGAGAACGUUGCGGACGAGGUGCCGAGAACGUUGCGGACGCGGGUGCCGAGAAUGUUGCGGACGCGGGUGCCGAGAACGUUGCGGACGCGGGUGCACGUGCACGAGCUGCAUAUGGGUG